AUGGAAGGAGGGGAGCUUGUAUCUGAAAACCGUGCUGGUUCGCCGGAGACUUUGCCGUUGACGCCGAGGACGAUGAAAGAUGUGAAGGCCUUAGUCACAUUGUACUCCAACUAUCUUUGGAACCGACUCAUCAGUUUUCUGCCCAAUCCAAAUACCAAUUUUCUCGGCAAAGUUACUAAUCUUUAUCACGCUACUGCACGCAAUGGGAAACGGCGCCGGCGAACGAUUUCCCUUCCUCUCCCUUUGCCUCCCGCUUCAUCGUCUGACUCUUUUUCACGGUUUAGUUCUAAGGCAUCUAAGAUUUUUGAAGUUCUGGAGGAUAUGAUGGAAAAUGUCAUUUUAAAUUUGCAUUGCAUUCAGAAGAACUUGGAAUUUUGGCAAUCCAGAGCUGAGGGAACAAAUGCCCAAAAAGCAUAUUUCAUGAUUUGUGAAAGAGGGCCACAGGCAUUUAUCGAUGGCGUAAUUCAGUUCAUUCGUGAUUCACUUGCUGAGGGUUCUGGAAAGCAGCAAUUGAUCUGUUCUGCUUCGUCAUACAUGUCUGAGAGAAUUAUCGUCCUUUCUAACCUUAGAUACCAUUUGGCCGAUUUUCUGGCACAGGUUUAUAUGGAGGUUGAUAAAGUUGGAGAUGAUUUGGCUAAGGAGACAGAGAAGUCAGUGCCCUCUCUGUUGGUCAUCAUCAACAAUUUAUUUUUGAAUUUGGAGGCAUCUAUCGGCCAUUUCCACGCAAAUCGCCAGACCGGUUCAUCUAUUGAUGGAAGUUAUUCAUUUCCAUUGGUGUUUGAUAAACUUCCAGAAGUAAACCAAGAAGGAUCUCAGUGGACAGAAUGUGAAACCAGAGAUGCUAUCAACUUGAUUUAUCAGAAUCUACAAAAAUUGGACACGUAUAUCUCUAGUCUUGUUGCAAAACAUCAAAAGCCAAGAAAGGUGACGUUAUAUUGGAUGCACUAUACAUGCGGGGCUGUAGGUAUCUCUGUUUGUUCACUAUGGCUACUUAGUCACAGUAGGGUCAUGGGGAGCGCUGACAUUGACAAUUGGAUACGUGAGGCGAAAGACUCGACAGUUGGAUUCUGGAAGGAUCAUGUGGAACAGCCUCUUUUGUCUAUAAGAGAUGAGCUGUUCGAGACAUUCAGGAAGAGGCAGAAGGGUGUGAUGGAACGUGAAGAAGUGCAGUUAACUGCUGAUUCUCUGCAUAGGAUGCUUUUAGCUUUCAGUGAGCAGACAAAAGGUCAAAAAAUUCCGCAGAACGCAUCAGACCAAGAAAUGCUUGAAAUAGUCAUGGGAAGGUAUGAGAAGGAACUUAUGCAUCCAAUCCAGAAUCUUCUUGGUGGAGAGCUUGUUCGUGCUCUCCUUAUACAGGUUCAGAAGCUGAAGCUAGAUAUUGAAACGGCAAUGCUUGAGUUGGACCAGAUUCUUAGGGCCAACGAGAUAAACUUUGCUAUUUUGGCUGCUUUACCAGCAUUUGGUCUCUCUCUUAUACUGUUGAUGUUGGUGCGGGCAUGGUUUAAACAAGACACGAGAGCAGAAGGUAGGGGAAGAGUUGCUAGAAUUCAAAGAAGGCUGCUAGUGGUUGAGAUCGAGAGGGGGCUUAUGCAAUAUCAGAUUUGCAAAGACAAAGGACUGGAAAAAGAUGCAGAUUCGAUGUUUGGACUGCUUUUGUAUGGCUUGGAUCGCUUAUGUUGUGCAGUGGAGAAGCAUGCAAAAGCAACUGGUGAAUGGAUGAGCUUGCGACGUGAUAUCUAUGAUCUCGCAAAGCCAGGCCUUGAAACACAACAUAAGCUGGUUAUCACGUCACGCUUGGAACGUCUGUAUGACUGUUUGCUUCCUUCUCCAAAACGACAAUGA